AUGGAUCCAUCAUUUGAAAUGUUUAAUCGAUCAUCAUAUUUUCCAAUCUAUCCUUAUCCAUUAUCUGUUCCAUCUGAAAUCUCAUCAUUCAAUUCGAUAUCAUUUCGAACAAAUAAUAAUAUUACAACUAAUGAUUAUUCAUCAUAUUAUCCUGACAAUAUAUCAACAUAUCCAUCAAAUUCUUAUACAAAUUCGAGGUCUCAUUCUCCUAUUAAUCAAUCAAAUACUACAGGUGUUGACAUAUCAAUUGAUCGAUAUAAUAAUAAUAGUUCAUUAUGUUUAUUUAAUUCUCGUAGUGAUCAUUGUCUUGUAUGUAAUGAUCGUGCAUCUGGAAUACAUUUUGGUGUAUCAACAUGUGAAGCAUGUAAAGCAUUUUUUCGUCGUACUAGUAUUUCAUCAUAUUCAAUUCCAGAACCAUGUUCACCAAUACGAUGUGAAAUAAAUACUAAAAAUCGUAAUAAUUGUCCUAGUUGUCGUUUUGAUAAAUGUAAACGUCUUGGAAUGGAUCGAGAUAAUGUUAUUUAUGGAAAACCAUCUAAACAACAUAUUAAUUCAACUUAUCAUCAAGAUUAUUUUAUUGAACAAUUAACAAAUAUAUCAAAUGAAUUAAUAAAAAUUUUUCAAAAUAUUUAUUCUAUUUAUCAAAUAUCAUUAUUAAAUUCAUUUGAAAAUAAACAACAAAUAGAUAAAUUUGCACAAAUUCUAUUUCAACUUUUUUAUGAACAAACAUUCCAAAGUCAUGAGAAAUUUGCACGUUUGGGUCAACGUGUUGAAGUUUGGAUAGAGCAGACGAAUAAAGGAUGCCUAAAACGUAUCAAAAUUGGGCAGCGGAUUUGCCCGAAAAAUUCCACUUAUUAA